AUGUAACAAACUCCAAGAGCUAUUUAAUUGAUUGCCAUCGAGCCUUAAACGAAAAAAUUGGUCCUUUGUUAGGAAGCUGUGUAGAUAAUAAAAUCUUUUAAUGAUAAAUGCAAGAAUUUUGCUGUGAUUGUGGUUGUAGGUAAAUACAGAACAGGAAAAAGCUAUUUAAUUAAUUAGUUGCUGCUCCAAUAAAGCAGAGGAUUUGAAGUAGGUUCUACUAUCAAUUCAUGUACUAAAGGCUUAUGGAUGUGGUCAGAGUUGAUAUAUUUUGAGUCAGGUAGAAAUAAGGAACCCAUUCCAGCAAUUUUAAUUGACACUGAAGGAAUUGGUUCAGUUGAAGAGGAUAUGAAUCAUGAUGUUAAAGUGUUCCUUUUGGCUAUGUUAAUGAGCAGCUAUUUUAUUUAUAAUAGUGUUGGGACUAUAGAUGAUAUGGCAUUGCAGAAUUUGGGGUUAAUUGUUAAUUUAACAAAAAUGCUAUAGAAGGCAGAUUAAAAUACAUAGAAGGACUUAUUUGAAACCUUUCCUUCUUUUUUGUGGAUCUUGAGAGAUUUCACACUUCGACUUGAGGACGAGUAUGGGAAUAAGAUCCUUCCAAAGGAUUAUUUAGAAGCUGCUCUCAAGCCUUUGAAAGGAAUAAGUGAAUCUAUAGAGAAUAAAAAUAAAAUUAGGAGACAUAUAUCUUAAUUCUUCUCUGAAAGGGAUUGCAUCACUCUUGUCAGACCUACAGAAAAUGAAAAGGCUCUUUAAUAAUUAGGUAGUGUGAAAUUUGAAGAAUUAAGAGCAGAAUUCUAGGAAUAGGUGCUUGCCUUGAGAAAGAAAUUAUCAUUUAAGGUUUAGGUCAAGUAAUAUAAAGGCAAAGCCAUAACACCUUUCACUUUUAUUGAAAUGUCGAAGUAUUUUGUGGAUGCUAUAAAUCAAGGUACCUUACCUGAAAUUGCAACAUAAUGGUAGAUGAUUCAAGAACAAGAAUUUGAAUAUCAUAUUAAUACAUAAAUUGAUUAUUACAAGUAAGCAAUAGAAGAGUUCUUUCAGGAUGAGGACUUGGGAGACUUGGUUGAAUUGCAUUAAAUAAAAAUUAAAAAUUACUUGGAAGCCAAUAGUGAAAAAGAGAUUUUUAUAAAGAAAUGGAAGAGUGUGAAGAAGGAUUUAGAAAGAUUGUUUAAUGAUUCAUAAAGAAGAUAUUAAGAUCUGCAAUUAGUUUAAUUGGAAACAAUAAAAAACAACUUUAUAGAUGAAAUUCAUCAUUAUGACAAGGAGGACUUCUGGGGAAUCGUUGACAUAGCAAAUAAUGCUGUUUCAGAAUAUCUAUCUAAAAAUAUUAAUACUAAUGAACUUUAGAAAUAUAUCACAUAAGUAUGGGAAAGUACAGUGCAAAGAAUACAGCAUGAAUUUCAUAUUAUCAAAAAUCUGUCUAAUUUGCAUAUUCAAAUUUAAUCAAAACAAGAACUUGAAAUUAGGAGAUUAUAAACAGAAUUGCAGAGUUAUUAGGAAUUUCAAUUAGAAGAUAAUAGAUAAAAGGAUAAAUUAAUUGAAAAAUUAAAACUUGAAAAUGAAUAGAUUAAAAAGAGAAAUUCUGUUUCAGAAACUCUUAUUUCUGAUCUAAAAUUAUAAUUAGAAUAGUUACAACAAGAUCAUAAUUAAUAAUUAAAAUCAGUAGACAAUCAAAAUAAAUAAGAAUUAAAUAAGUUGAGAUCCAUAAUAUCCAAAUUCGAAUAAAGAGUUAUAGAUUCAAAUGUCAACAUUGAUAAAUUUUCUAAUCUUUAUCAACAGCAAGAAAAAGAACACCAAUCAGAAUAAAAUGAACUCAAAUUAGAAAUCUUGAAAUUGAACUCAUAAAUUUCAGAUUAUCAGGUAUAGAUCAAAGAGAAUAGAAGUGAUAUUGAAAGUGAGAAAAAGAAUGAAAAUUAUUAUUCAGCCAGAAAGCAAUAAAAACAUAACACCAAUGAUUGUGCUUUCAUUAAUAAUAUGCAAAAACAAAGUGAAAAUACGCUGCAAGAAUGGAAAUAUCAAAAAGAAUAUAUUAGAAAACAAUUAUAAGAAGCUUACUAUAAAAUUUAAGAGGAAAAGAAAUAAAAUGAUGCACUCAUUAAUAGUUUAAAGUAAUAUUGA